UAUAAUUAGACUAUGUUAUCAAAUUAAUGCUCUUUAUAGUACAUAUCGGUCUUCCAAUAAUAAAAUCGUAUGCGAGUUAUUACAAUAUCAUAUAUAUUACUAAUUUUAGGUCAGAGAAAUCAUUUAAUCGUAUCUUGUGUCAAUUGAGUUUAUUGAACUUACGACAGAUUUGAUUAAAAUGUUUUGAGAGUUGGUCUCAUAAAGACAACUAUUCUCUGUUGUCAAGAACAUGAAGCAGAGGUUAAAACUUUGUUCUUUUUUUGUUUCCACUUAAAAAAUUGUAUUAAUAUUUUAACUUUUCCAGUGGCAAUUUUUUCCUGGUUUUUACCCAAGCAAAUUGUCAUGUAAUAUUUUUUUAGUCCUUAAAUUGCAUUGAUUGUAAUAGAAUUUUUUCGCUGUGUUUUCUUCGCUGCAGAUGCAGAUGUCUAAACACUUAUAGACGCAAUAAUGUACUUAUUGAAGAAAUCUAAGAAGUAGGAACUUGUACAAUUUAGUGCUAAGUGAGAGUUAAUUUGCAUUAAAAAAACGUUAUUUAUCUCGAAUCAGAAAAGUCGCGUAUUUGAGGGAUUGAUGUGACACACUGAGAAAGAAGAAAUAUAUUUUUAUGCGGUAUCUUUUGUGAUGUGUAUUGCCAAGAAUGUGAAGCACGAAAAACAUGUACAGUGUCCUUCAAGGAAGACAACUUUUUCCUGCGCAUUUCUGAUAGCCGACCGGUCUCAUCCGCUACAUGUAGCAUCCAAAUCUCUUUCGCUGAUAUAACCGGUACGGAGUUAGCCGCAUGCUGCACACUCUCUCGCUCUCAGUGUGAACCGGUCUGGCGAAAGAACGAGGUGAUGCGAUCGAGACGAUUAUCAACGUCCGCCACCGAGCUUCGUCUCGUGCCGUAAACGUGUAAGGUAACUGAUCUUAGAACGGCAACAGGUGGAGAUGGUAGAUAGUCUGAGCAAGAAAUUCGUAUCGUUCUCGUCAGUGAAAGAGAUGGAAGAAACCGGAGGAAAAGUAUCAAAAACAGUUCCGACUCUGUUGUCACGCACGAGCGCGGCUUCCUUGUUUUUAACUCGACUAAAGAGUAGACGCUCAUCGCCUAAGCAAGAUGACAAUGAGCUCGAAAGUGGUCGAGUUCAAUACGAAUCGCCGCCACCACUCGAUAAUUUGAUAAGUCCCAUAGCUUCAGUGGAAGAUUACUCCGUCAUCAGUGAACGAGCCUCUUCCGAAGUCGACCGCACUUCUCUGCGCAUCAAUGAAGAUUUCAUCAAAAAUAUUCUCGCGGAACACAGGAAACGUACGUGUUACAAAUCACAAAUCUGGGAAAAUUUGGAAUCAUGUAAAACGGAUGAGACAAAUGCGGAGACGAUCCUCGCGGACGUCAAGUCCAAUGAAGUCAACAUCUUAUUGCUACAAGCGAGUUUUAUGGGUCGUACAAAUCUCAUACAUCGUUUGUGCAAAUGCAAAGCCGAUGUCAACUAUACCGAGCCCGAUCAUGGUCUUACUCCGUUGCACUUGUGUGCGUUUCGGAACUGUCUGGAUGGUGUCAAGUAUUUAAUAAAACAGGGCGCGAGCGUCAAUACGAAAUCGAAACACACGGCGUUUCAUUAUGCCGCAUUUGGAGAUGCCUUCGACGUUGCUCAAUACUUCGUGCAACGAGAUAUCAGUCAGCUAUCACCGCACGAUGCUGAAGAGACGGUAUUGCACGUGGCUUCACGAACUAACGCUCUGCGCGUACUUUCCCUACUAGCGCCGAACAACAAGGAACUGGACCGUUUGGAUCAAGACGGAUACGCCGCUAUUCAUCAUGCAGCCGAUGGCGGAGACAAAGCUUGUUUAGACAUACUUUUGAAAGCCGGUUGCCAGGUGGAUUUACCUACCGGAAAGAACGAUACCGCAUUGCACUUGGCUGCGGAAGCCGGUUGCGCGGACAAUUUAGCUCUUCUGGUCGAGGCAAACGCUAAUCUUCAACUGAAGAACCAUCGAGGACACACGGCCUUGCAUUUAGCCGCUCGUUCGCAUUCUCUGGAGUGCGUGGAGAUUUUACUGAAAGGUCGCGCGGAUCCCAACGUGGAGGACGACGAGGGUCGAACGCCUCUGCACCUGGCUUUAGGCAAGUCUUUGGUGACCGACGACAUAACCGAGCUCUUGCUCAAGUGGCGAGCGGACGUGAACAAGGCCGACAAAUACGGCUAUACGCCGCUACACAUCGCCGCCUCAAACGAGCUGUCACGAUGCGUCAAUCUGCUGAUAAAGUACGAAGCAGAUCUCAGCGCCAGGACCAUCGGCGGGAAUAGCGCUCUAUCCAUCGUUCUGCGCAAGACCCCGACAUCCCUGGACGUAUUUGAGCAUAGGCUGGACAAGUCUCUAACUUUGAGCCGACAUGGAUUCAUCGCAGGUGAGCUCGAGUUGCAGCUGGACUUUCGUCCGUUGUUGCAGCGGCGGAAUCGGCAAAACCGCUCGCCCGAGAUCGGUUAUCUGAACACCUUUGUGAAGGAGGGCUACAAGGAAAUCCUGGAGCAUCCUUUGUGCCAGUCUUUCCUCCAUCUCAAGUGGCACAAGAUCCGAAAGUACUAUGCCGCCAGAUUGCUCUUCUACUUAAUAUACGUGUUGAUCCUUACGAGCUGGGUGAUAAUCGCCCUUGCUCAUAACUGCUACAAUGAGUCGAAAGGCUACGUACACAAUCCGCCGUUGUGCGCGAACGCGACUGGGAUCUAUGGGUUUCUCUACAGACACCCCGUGGUACUCGAGAUUCAGUGGUACACGUUGAUGGUGCUCACCGCGCUCGAGACUUUUCGCAAGUUUACUGUCAUUCCCAGUUACAAAUCUGUCAGACAGUUUUUUACGCAGAUAGAAAACCUGGUCGAGUGGUGCGUGAUACUGAGUGUGUUUGCUACCUCUUUUGUGUAUACGGGGAAAACAUAUACCUGGCAAAGUCACUUGGGCGCCUUCGCCGUGCUCUGCGGUUGGAGCAAUCUGAUGCUAAUGAUCGGGCAGUUGCCGAUGUUCGGUGCUUACGUCGCUAUGUUCACUAGCGUGCAGGCACAAGUGUUCAAGCUGCUUUUGGCCUACGCCUGCCUGUUGGUGGGCUUUACGGCGAGCUUCUGCGUGAUAUUUCCACAUUCCAAGUCGUUCAGCAGUCCACACACGGGUCUCAUCAAGGUUCUCGCGAUGAUGACUGGCGAGUUAGGUUUCGAGGACCUCUUCUUCUCAUCCGAUAAGGGUGGCCUUUAUGAAAGUAUUGGAGGAACUUCCUGGAUCCUGCUACAAGUCUCGGCCCAACUCUCCUUCGUGUUGUUCCUUCUAUUCGUCACGAUUGUGCUGAUGAAUCUGCUGAUCGGCAUAGCCGUGCAUGAUAUCAAGGGCCUGCAAAAGACGGCAGGUCUCGCAAAACUCGUUCGCCAAACGAAACUGAUCCACGACGUGGAGGUUGCGAUUUUUUUAGGAUUUAUGCCGUCGAAACGUUUCAUCAGGUGCAUGCGAUGGACCACGCUGUUCCUGCCGUCACCUUUACGAGCCGUUUUGACUGUUCGCCCGCAAAACCUCAGAGAGAAGAGAUUACCGCGCGAUGUUCUCUCGGCCGCCUAUAAAAUAGCCAAGGAAGGAGACGGACAGAACAAUUUCGGCGCAUCGCGCAGAAAAACUUACAGCGCGGCCUAUCACGCAAGAACGGCUCUCAAAGCUGACGCGACCACGUGUCGUCGUCGUGGUUUCGACGAGGAUACGCUGCAACACGAUUGCAACAAAUUCAAAGAGGAUAUCGCGGAACUUAAGGAAAUUUGCGAGAAAAAUCAUAGUCUUCUUCGAGAGCUUAUAAAAGCGCACAAUGUUCGAGCGAAUAUGUGUGAGAAUGACCGAGAUUCAUUAGGAGAGAGUGCUAAAGGGAAGAAUCUCGAGACGAACAGUCUGAAGAUACCGACUAUUUUGAACGAUGAUGAACAACAUUUUCAUUCCACUAGAAGCUUCAAUAGUCGUCACAAAAGCGAGCCGCUAUCCGUUAGAUUAGCUUCCACUUACAGGUCGCUAAGAUGUGCGUAUGCAGCGGAGGAUUAUCCACAAAAAAUCACUAUCGAUGAUGGAACUGUAUCGAAGUUCGACAAUGAUCGGAUUGAAAUCGACGCCGGGGAACCACCACCGGUCGACGAUUCCCUCUUCUUUGACAAUCUGGAAAGCUGCAAGAACCACUACUUAAACGGUGCAAAAUUGAGAUCGGCUAUAUGGUCCAUCGUCGAUUCGACGGAGACGAGGUUACUAUUGCACAUGGAGAAAAGUCGCGUGCUUCCAGAUGCGUGCAAAAACGAGAGACUACGGAAUGUCGCUUACAUCUGGGCAUCCUAUCGCGGUCUGCUGCAUCAUCUGCCGGAACUGGAGAAUGCCGGAGCGCGUUACGACUACGUUGAACCACGGACCGGCGUGAAUGCUAUUCUCGCGGCUUCGUUGGGUGACAAGGUCGCCUGCGUGGAGUACUUGAUCGCGAAGGGCGCCGACGUGAAUUACGAGAGCCUCAUCACUCGUUACACGCCGCUUCACUUCGCGGCGCUCGGUAACAGCUGGCACGCCGCAGCCACGUUAUUAGAUCAUGGUGCUAAGCUUAAUUACGUCUGUCAGGAAGUGGUCGAGCCUAUUCUGCACAGUGCCGUUCGCGCGAAGGCGGUGGAGACAGUGAAGCUGCUGCUCGAGCGCGGUGCCAGCAUCGUCGAGAAGAAUCAUUUGGGUCAGACGCCGUUGCACGUGGCCUGUUUCGUGCAAUCAAUACCAUGCGUCGAGCUGCUAUCAGCUAGCGCGCCCAAUGUGAACGCUGUAGAUAGGGAGCAUAGAACACCCCUGCACUUCGCCGUAAUGAGCACGGACUCGUCCGCCGAGUUGGUACAGUUGUUGUUGAAACGCGGCGCCUUGGUGAACGCGGUCGAUCGGACCGGCUUCACCCCCCUUCACAUUGCCGCGCUGAACGAGCAAUCCCGAUGCGUGGAUGCGCUUAUUUGGGCGGGCGCUGACAUCAGUGCGACCACGUGCACUGGACUGUCUGCUCUGAAUAUUAUAUUGAAGAAGAUUCCCGAGUCCUUGCAUGUGUUCCGACAGCGUUUGGACGCCUCCAUCAGACUGACCAGGCCGGUAUCGCAUAAUCGCGAAUUCGAAAUGCGCCUACACUUCGACAUUCUCUUUCCCAGCGGUAAUCAGUGUGAGACCAGCUUCAUAAACACUUUCGUACAGGAGCAUCGAAAGGAUCUGUUGUCGCAUCCGCUGGUCAUGGCCUUCCUGCAUCUUAAGUGGGAGAAAAUUCGCAAGCUCUAUUUACUGAGAAUACUCUUGUACGCUAUGACAGUGAUAUGCAUGACUACUUACGUACUCACUGCGUUAGCGUAUAAAUGUUACAAUCACAACGAAGCUAAUAGUUCCAAGAUUUGCGGUAAUAGACGAGUAUCUGGCUUUCUCUUCCGGAGACCGAUCAUCGAGAUCGAAUGGUACCUCGCACUGGUUCUGACGUGCAUCACCAUACCGAGAAAAAUAUUUGGCUUCAUGGUCUACAAAUCGGCGAUACAGUACUUCUCCAGUAUCGACAAUGUGUUGGACGGNGUGGUGAUCGUGAGCGUAUUCGUUACGUCCUUCGUGUAUACCGGGCGUACUUACGAUUGGCAGAAUUACGUCGGUGCGUUUGCCAUACUUUGCGCCUGGACCAAUCUGAUGCUAAUGGUGGGCCAGUUACCGGCCUUCGGCACCUACGUCGCCAUGUUCACGCACAUCCAGUUCGAGUUCGCCAAGCUUCUGCUAGCGUAUUCCGGCCUACUCAUCGGUUUCACCAUCAGCUUCUGCGUGAUAUUCGCCGGCGAGCCCGCAUUCGGUAAUCCUUUCACUGGGCUAAUCAAAGUCUUGGCUAUGAUGGCCGGUGAAUUGGACUUCGAAGGACUCAUCAAUCAAGUGGAUAACGAAUCGACGGGCAGCUCUUUCGUCAUUUAUCAUCCCCUGUCAGUGUGUUCGCAGAUUCUCUUCACGCUAUUCAUAGUAUUCGUCACUGUGAUUCUGAUGAACUUGCUGGUCGGUAUCGCCGUACACGAUAUACAAGGUCUGAGGAAUCAUGCGGGGCUCACGAAGUUGGUAAGGCAGACAAAAAUGAUCCUCUUUACGGAAAUGGUGCUGCACAACACUACCAUCCCGUACGCCUUCCGGAAGUGGAUGUCGGAUCACAAGAUCGAUGUUGAAAAUAGAAAACGGGUUCUCGUGGUAAAACCGCUUAAUCCUCUCGAGAAGCGAUUGCCUAAAGACAUAAUGAAAGCCGCUUAUGAGAUAGCACAGAAAAAUAUUCCUUCGUCUAUGAAUGACGACAUCAAUUUGAGCGAUCACGCUGUUUGGCUGAAACAACGACAGAAGAACGAGUUCUCCGAUGUCGCCCUACAAAUGACGUUCGAGAAACUGAUCACUAUGAUGAAAGUGAAUGAAGAUGCUAUAAAAUUGCUGAGAGUACAGCUGCUAGGAAUGAAUAAGAUGCUGGAAAAUGUCGCAACAACAUUGACGAAAGAAGAACGUACCUCGUUGUGAUUUGGACAAUUGAUAUCGAUUAUAUUUCCAUUACUUUUUACGAACAUGACUGAUAAAGUGGAUAUCGAAGCCACAGUUAAUGGUGGGGGGCCUACUGGUCAGUCGGGUGC